UACGAAGUUAGGGGCAUGGAAAAGGAAUUAAUGUGCAUCAUGUAAUCGGCGCCCUUGGCAUGCUGCGAUGGAUGCUGCUGCCUGUGCAAGAUAGAGACCGAUGCAUUAGUGUACCGAUUAGUGGUCCGAUUAGCGGCCUUGCCGAUUUUCACACCGAUUCCGAUUUUCAAGUAGGAAUUGCGGUUAAUGCGGAAAAGCGCUAAAACGGAUGCUGGGAAAAUACCCAACAUGGAGCAGGAAAUUGGCAGCUGGGAUUCGGUGCUGCUGGAGAAUCUCUCCGAGGAGAGCUUCAUCAAUAACCUUCACCAGCGCUAUAAACGGGAUUUGAUCUAUACCUACAUAGGGACGUUUCUAGUUGCCCUGAAUCCGUACAAACCACUGCAGAUCUACAACCCGGACCAGGUUCGCAAAUAUGCUACCAAGAGCCUCUUUCAGUUGCCGCCACACAUAUUUGCUUUGGCGAAUUCGGCGCAUCAGUUUCUCCUGAACUACAAUGAAGACCAAUGCAUUAUAAUGGCGGGAGAAUGCGGUUCAGGCAAAACGGAAUCCUCACACAUGAUAGUACACUUCCUAACACAGCUGUCGGAGAUGCGGCGCAGCCGGGCGCCCAUCUUUUCUCUACGCGGCUCCAAUCCAAACUCGAGACAAUCGACACCGAAGCAUUCCACAAUCAGUCGCGUUGGGUCAUCGUUUGAAAGUGCCGCCCCGUCCGGUGGCCGACUGGACAGUAUCAUGAAGUACAACUCAUCGAGACAACAAAAAUGCUCACACGAAAAAACGGUCGAGUUCGAUCUGAUUUCGCACCACAAGAGCACGGAAAACCUUCCCGCGAUGGUCAACUACGGCUUUAUGCCGGUAGCCACCAUGCCAAAGUGCUUGAAGCACUCGAACCAAUCCAUCAGCCGAUCGACGGAGGGCAACGAAUUUCCGACCAAAUCGACGCUCAAAUCGGCUACCACCAUGGGCUCGUGCCCGAAGCAUAACUGUACCAGCAGCCAUGCCGAGCUGAACCGCAUGUGCGGCGGAGCGUCCCCGUCGCCUUCGCUGCAAAAGCGCAGCAACUUAAUGCGCUGCUGCCAUCAGAACAGCAACAACAGCACCCGCUCGAUCCACAAAUCGUCCUCCUCGAUUGCAUUGACGCACGAUCACGGGACCACAUCGCCGUCGACAUUCCACCGUCGGCAGAUAUUGAAAUCGAUCUCGAAAGAGGUUUACAUUCGCGAUCUAGAAUUGCAAAAAAUGCGCGAACGCGUCGCGCAAGCGGAAAUCUUCCUCGAAGCAAUGGGCAACGCGGUGACGGUGAAGAAUAUCAACUCGAGCCGCUUUGGUAAAUUCUUUGACAUCGAGUUCGAUUACAAGGGCGAUCCUGUCGGGGGACAUUUAACAUUAUACAUGUUGGAAAAGUCUCGUGUUACCACACGCGCUUCUGGGGAGAGAAACUUUCACAUCUUCUACCAACUACUCUCCGGUGCCGACAUUCAACUGCUCAAAUCACUUAAAUUGCAACGAAACAUCGAUAAGUAUGAACUGUUGAAAAAUACCUUCGCAAACGAAGACGAUCGAACGAAUUUUACUUUCACCAAGCGUUCGCUGGAAAUAUUGGGCUUCGGUCAGGACGAGAUCUUUUCGAUAUUCACUAUUUUAGCCGUAGUGCUCAAGCUGGGCAACCUGACAUUCAUUCCAACCACCAACAUUGACGGUAGCGAGGGUUGCGAAAUCUCCAACGAGUAUGAACUGGACGAAAUUGCUCAACUGCUGCAGUUGGAUAAUCAAAUGCUCUUCAACUGUUUAACGCGGUUGGGCGACAACUGGGCACAGCUCGAACCGGAUGGAACAGAAAUCGAUGCCAGCUACGCAUCUCGCAUCAAGUUCACCCUAUGCCGCACACUGUACGGACGGCUGUUCACAUGGAUCGUUUCCCGGGUGAACGACGCCCUGAAGCUCAAGACCAGUGGGACGGUCGGGAGUCGAGGGAAAACAAUCGGUCUGCUGGAUUUUUACGGUUUCGAAGCGCUGGAAAAGAACACAUUUGAUCAGUUCGCUAUCAACUACUGCAACGAACGACUGCAACAGCAUUUCAUUAAGAGCGUCCUAAAACACCAGCAGGAUUUGUACGUGAAUGAAGGGCUGGACUGGAUACGGAUCGAUUUCUUUGACAAUUCUCCGAUCUGCGAGCUGAUCGACAAACCUUGUUUCGGCAUACUGCACCUGCUCGAUGAGCCGCAGGUCGUCAAUGAUGGGCUCCUGCUCACGCGACUCCAUCAGUGCUGUGCUGGUCACACAAACUUUCUCGCACGAGAUGCAUCACUGCCUUCUAAUUGUUUCCAAGUGCGCCAUUUUGAGGGUCCCGUUGUGUACACGACAAACGGGUUCAUCGAGAAAAACCUGGACCUGUUGCCGAGACACAUUAGCAGCUGCUUGUUUCAGAGCGAUCUACUAAUCGCUUCGUGCCUCUUUCCGGAAGGAAACCCGAAGCGCCACUCGAAUCGCAAACCAUCGAGCUUAAGCAACAACCUACGAACCUCGCUGCAGACGCUGUUGAAACUGCUCGAACAGCGUUCAAACCAUUACAUCUUCUGCAUCAAACCCAACGAACUAAAACAGGCGAAAAUGUUCGAGCUAGGGUUGGUGCAGCAUCAAGUGCGCUACCUUUGUCUAAUGCCGCUGAUAAAUCUGUGGCGCAAUGGGCAUUGUUUCAAUAUGGUGCACGCCAGAUUCUUGGCACGAUAUAAGCUGCUUUGCCAGUACACUUGGCCCCAUUUCACCGGGACGAUCGUAGAUGGUGUGGCGCUGAUCAUACGCAGUGUACCGUUGCCCGGAGCUGAGUUUACCAUUGGCCGCAAGAAGGUUUUCAUUCGCAGUCCCCGCACGGUGUACGAACUGGACGAGUUUCGUAAAGUGCGGCUGAACGAGUUGGCCAUAUUGAUACAGAAAACGUACCGCUGCUACACAAAGCGAAAACGGUUCCUGACGCUACGCCACAGCCAACUAAUCAUUGCGAGCUACUGGCGUACCUGGAGAGAACGAGAAAAAAUACGACUCGUCGAGUUUCGGAAGCAGGCACUGUGGGCAGUACAAGUGAUUGGAAGAUUUUUUGUGCUGCUUAAAACGCGCGAAUUUCUGUUGACACUGUUGCUGCGUCUACCGCAUGAUAACAUGAGCCCGAUCUGCCAUGAUUGGCCGUCGGCACCAACGUUCCUAGCGGAGACAUCCCAGCUGCUGCGCACGAUUUUUCAUCGCUGGCGAUGCUACAAGUAUCGCAAAUCGUUCGACCAACCAGCUCGAAAUCGUAUGCGCGAAAAGGUUACCGCAAGCAUCAUAUUCAAGGAUCGCAAAGUUUCGUACCCGCGCAGUGUAGCCCAUCCGUUUCAUGGCGAUUACAUACGGCUGCGACAGAACAUUCAGUGGAAGCGGGUCAGCUGUGAGCACAACGAUCAGUACGUCGUGUUUGCAGACAUCAUCAAUAAGAUUGCACGAAGCAGUGGCAAGUUCAUUCCCAUAUUGUUGGUCAUCUCGACGAACUCAAUGCUCCUGCUGGAUCAGAAAACGAUGCAGAUUAAGUACCGUAUCCCGGCGUCGGAGAUAUACCGCAUGUCGCUCAGUCCGUACUUCGAUGAUAUUGCAGUGAUACACAUCCGCGCAGAUAACUAUUGCUCGUCGAAUAUGUCCGAUAGAUCGGAAUCACCCACCGGAUGUCUAUUUCAGUCUGAAAUAGGCAAAAAGAAGGGAGACUUUGUGUUCCAAACGGCACAUUCGAUCGAAAUAGUAACGAAACUGUUUCUAGUGAUCCAGAAUGCGACUGCCAAAUCACCGGAAGUAACUAUCAGUACCGAUUUCGAGGCUAACUUCGGAGGACAGACGGUCAUAUUCACCUUCAAGUGCGGUGGCCUGGUAGACAAUCCGUACAAUCAGACGCGCGUCACGCGCAAGGGUAACCGGAUGGAGGUGAUCGUGUAACAAAACGCCUCCCCACCGGCACAGACGGCUCUCGUGGAAUGUCGCUCUCGGCGACGUUCCCUGCUGGUGGUCGACAGCUACACAGACGACGACGGUAUGGAGUUUGGGGUCCGGGGUCUCGAAUUUGCGUAGGCUCCGUUUUUUGAGACAUAGAAACACGAAACCGGGAAAGACACGAUAAAGUAUGUGCAAGUGUGUGCGUGUGGCAGAAAGGAAUUAAUCAAUUAGCAAACCAAAAGCAAACCAAAUUUGGCUAUACCAAUCUGAUGUAUUGGUUAUCCUUGUGGACCGCGGUAGCAAAGCAAUUCUUUAUCUAUUAGUAGUUAACAUCCCUAGAUCUUACCAUUGAAUGUCAGCAAACUAAAAACAAAACUGUUAGAAUUUCGACCGGGAGGAAACCAACUCUCUUUUCCCACCCUGACACGUAAAACUUUAGCUUCAUUAGCCGCAGUUCUAACACUAUAACUCUUUCGAUAUUUCUCCGUCACCGCAUCACGUGUCACAGGAGAAUCGUUUGUUUUGUUCACGAAGCAGACAGAACCUCCCGGCAAGUUUUGUCGUAUUGUGUGCCAAGGACUAGCAGUCACCGCAGCAGGACAAGAACAAAUACGAUUGGGUGCGUAUGUGUGUUUUUAUACUAAUACUUUCUAAUGUGAAUGGCAAUUGCGUUAGAAUGGUAGUUUGAAAUGAGAAUAGUGAUUUAGCAAGGCGAUCGAAUUUACAAAACAAUAUCUGCCCUGUCUAUGCUAUGUGGUUGCGACGCUAGUGGGAUAGAUGCGUUGAGCGUUAACAGCAGCAAACAGGCAACAAAUGAAGCACACGCCACGGACGGAUAUAUGUCCAGGGGCAGCACAGUUGAUGUUAGUUGAAGUUUCCUUGUACGAUUUUACUGAGACGUUUAUAGCGACGUGUUUUAUCGUGUAGGUGUACCGAUGAGUGCAAAAUGCUCAUAGCCAUCCAUCCGCUGCACGAUGGCAACAUUAGCUGAAAGGCAAACAAUCGCGAAAGUAACAAACCGAGAUUAGAAUGUUUAGGAAAAUCGAAUCGUUAGAUGUGGGUGUGUGUGUGUGUGUGUGCGGGACAAAUCGGGACAUUCGAUUCAACUGUCUAUAGUGGCAUACGUUUCAAAGGUCUGUCUUACGCGCCAAACAGCUCAAUCGUACGUAAUUAGUUUGUCCACUCAAUACUCCAGUUAUGCGGUAUAGACAGUUGAAUCGAUUGGCCCAACAGAGGGCCCCGAACACCUGUAAGACAUAGCAAUGAAUGGGAAACGUUCGUCAAAUUAACAACUCAAUGAAUCACUAAAGUAGAUAGUAGAUUUGUUAAUGUGUAUAUCCCUGAUAAAACACAGUUUAAGUGGCUAUCGCCGUCGUCGCCGUCGCAGUCGUCGCCGUGAUCGUGAUAUGUUAACAAUUCCUACGUUUUGUAAAACUAUGUACGGGACCCAUAAGCUAGUUUUUUACACACGCACAGUGAUUAGCGUUGAACCGAUAGGAGAACUAUUUUGAUAAUAGUUUUCGUCCUGUCUCUAGAGCCUUACCUGUUAAAUUGAUUAGUAACUGUAAUCACCGUAGCGGUAUUUUUGUGUGUAUGUAUGUGUGCGUGUUCAGAACGUGUAGAUUUCUAAUCGUACCGGUAUGUUGUUCAUAUUCUGUUCUGUGCAGUAUAUGCCUUUGUUCCUCUCAAUAGUUACACCAGAGUAAAAAGCAAUGAUAUUUGGCGUUUGGGCAAAGAACUGGGUGUCCGAGAAGGUUGCAAUAAGGUUGCACCGUUCAAACUGGAAUCGUAUUGAGAUGCAGACAGCACUGUGCACUGUUCUGUCAUCACCAAACCAAUUAAAUGCCUGCCCAAAAUACACGCACCGCGGGCUUUUAUAAUUACAUGUCGGCUCUCGGUCGCCUCGUCCUUAUAAUGCGCUAAUGUCCUCCUCUAUGGGUUGUGCGAUAUGAUAUGAAAAGGGAUAUUGCUGUGGAAGCAAAAACCGUGUCAAUACAUAAAGAAACAAUCACGCUUGGACGUUUUUAUUCUAAACGCUAACAAAACAAACAAAAACACUUUACAAAGGGCAUUAUUAAACAAACGUACCUUUCCAUGCGGCUCGAUCACUCGAUCGUCCGAAAACAGUGGGUGGAAUAUUUUAUAAAGCCUGUUGAUCGUUAAGGGAAUAAUGAUCGGUCAACAUUUAAUCUAGAAACAAACAGAUGUCGUUCUUUAUUGCGUUACCAACACACACAUACAAAACAAAACAAACAAAGCAUAUUUGUCGAUCGAUCAGUAUACAUGAUCUUGUGGAACAUUUUGCCCUAGUCUUAAAUCAUCGUUGUUUAUACGUUUCUUUCUUCUUCUAUUCGCUCGAUAAAAACUGACCAGACACCAUCAUAUCCGAUCGGGAAGGAUCGUCUGAUGGAUGGAUGAUUCGUUAAAUAAUUGAAUGCUUUUUAUAUAACACACACAUUUCUUAAUAAUCGAUAGAAUAUAUAGAGAGCAAUGCGAUGGUGAUUGUGUGUAGCAGUUGUGCUCUUGUAAAACCACUUUGUAAAUGAGUAAUAGUUCGCAAAAAGCAGAAGAAAAAAUUACGUGAAGAUCGAUCUCGAUCCCGUUCCAUAGGGUGGUGGUGGAAGCGUCUAGCGCUAGUACGAUGUAAUAGAAAGUGUAACUGAAAUCCAGUUAUUUUGUACCAUUCUAGCAAGGGGAGAAAGGGGAUAGUGCAUUACCACGUGUACCAGAUCAUUAACGUAACCUAAAUAUAUUAAUAUUUAUCAUUAGGAACAAUAUCUCCCUCUCUAUAGCCAAAAUGAUUCAAUCCUACACGGAAAACAGAUAACAAACACACGAUUACAACUACUUACACACACACACACACACACACACACACACACACACACACACAUUUGAAAAUUAAAAUAUACUGAAGCGCAUUACACUAAGUAGAUGAACACAGUACAUUCCAUACAUAUAUAAUGUUAGUGCCAAAUGAAAAUUAAAUUGAAAGCAAGUAGCCAAAUUCACCAUAAACCUUACUACUUAUACCGAAGAAUAACGUCGAAAGGCCAAACCGGGGACACUGUUUCCUUAAAUCCCAUACCGAAAAGUGGAAAAGGGAGCGAAGGUGCAGCCUGUGCGCAGGGCCAGGCACGUUGUUGGUAGAGCCUGGGGAGUGGGGCUGGCCGCAUUAUAUGAAGAUGGAGAAUUUGGAGGAAACAAAUCAAUGACGCUUAAUAAUACUUAUAAAUAUAUACAUAUAUAGAUAUAUAUACAUACAUAAAUGGAAUAGAAAUACUUAUGACCUAUAUUGUAACAGAAGAGUAAAAAAGUAAACAAAAUGAUAUUAUUAUAGAGGCAACUGAAGAGGUAUAUUAAAACUAGACGAAAACUAAUGCAACGUAACGGCCAGCUGUUAGACCUGGUGGGCAAAUAACGUUUUGUCAGAAGAUAACUCGCAUUCCUUCGAUGGAUAGGAAUUUCCAAACCGGACAAAAGAAUAAUGGUUAAAGAUAGAUGUGAAAUGUUUUUUCUAUACGUAUAUAUAUUUUCCAACGAAACAUUAAUCAGUCGCACCUUUUGUGUCCAACUGUAUAUCUAAAAUGAUAAUCGUAUGUGCGUAUGUAACGUACGCGAUUUCGGUUUUGCCAUACUUAACUAACUACCCAAGAGCGGUCUGCUUCAUAAAAAUUGUGACCUACCAAAAAAACAAAAGGGAAGAUCGUUCGGUGGGAGGGGUAGUUUUAAAUGAUAGAUUUUUUUAAACUAAUCAUACACAUAUUUUUUAUUUAUUUUCAUGCAGUGAGCCAUUCCUUUGAGAAACAGGUUACGUAAAUCGAAUAAUAAUUAUUGUAAACUGAAACCGGAAAGUCUUCUAGUCUGUCGACAAUUUGUUAGCAUAGCUCAACAAGGAUCGAACGGAGAGCGUACAGAAAAACAAACAAACAAACAAAACUAUUUAGCGAGUUACUACCGACGACGGGGUACAUACAGCACACAGACAACAAAACAGUGGAAUAGCGAAUAACAACCAGACGGCCAAUCACAAACUGAAAUGUGAAAGCGUACAGCAACCGAAAGCACAAACAGUGCCGCCCUUGAAUGGAUUGCAAAACAUAAUAACAACAGCCAAACAACAACAAAAAAAGGAAUUAUACGGGAGAUAGAGUUAACAUUAGAGAUUUUAUGACAAUUUUCCUCGAUGGUGAAAACCGGAGCCAACCGCGCACGAUAACGGUCGUCAACGAUCGGCGGAACGAUGAGGAGUAUGAUCGAGUGAAGGGGGAGGGGGGGUAAGCAAAUUAAUGGAAAAUAAGUAGUACUUACUAAAGCAGUACACAAACGGUGGGAAGUAAAAUUGGAGGUAGAUAUAGAACUGUAGCGUAAUUCUCCCCCUAGUUAUUUCCUUCCAAUUUCUCUUCCAAUACUCCUAGUGCGUAAAACGAUAAACUAAUGAAACGAUGGUAAAAAAGCAACAGCAAAAAUUAGAACCUCCCUGGAAUUAGACAUGUUAGGGCAGUUUUCGUUCUGCAACUGAAAUCCUCUCAUCAUUCAACGAUGCUAUGGCGAACACGCGAGAGAUGGAGUAAUUGCCGGUUUAUUCCCAUGUUCACUUCAAGGAAUCAAUCACAUUACAUCAAACCUACGAAGUACAGCUUUAUUUUGAUUAUGUUCGAUUUUAAUUCUUACCGAAAUAUUAUUAUUUCGAAUCAGCAAAACCAUGAACGGUUACAUCAUGGUUCAAUGAUAUUUUAACACAAAACAAAAUAUAUACAUAUAGACAUACAAACAAAAAGCAGAUAUGUUGGAAAGUGGAAAAUCUGAACUGUUACAUGCACUAGAAGAAGGAGGGAGGGUUGCGCCAGGCGAAAGGAAACGACAGCCGAAACGGAACGGAGUUACGAGUAUCAGUUACCGAAUAUAUAUAUAUAUAUAUAUAGUUGCGAAUAUUAUAAUUACCGUCUCACUCCAUUGUUAGAGCAAUAUUUUUAAUUAUACAUACAUAUCUCAUCAUUAGCAGCGACGAAGUAGCAGCAGCAGUAGUAUGGGGGCGGGAAGCCAAAACAAUGGAGACGCACUGGUAAACUGUGGAGCGUGUUGAAGUGCAUUGAAAGAAUUGGAAAAGGAGAAAAAAUCAUUUUAAACACUGCAAUGAGAAAGAUCGAUGAUGAGGAUGAUCGCGGACAGGAAGAGCGCAUAACGCAACUAUGAGAAAAUGGAACAAAAUACAGAAUCAUUUAGUAUCUUACCUAAA